GUUCUAUAGAUAUUUCUCCAUUUCAAAUCCUUUUCUCUGCUUUCAUAGAGGAAAGAUGGCGUCCUUUGAUGCGUACGGAAUGGAAGGGGAAGAGAUUCACGCUGCUCCUAAUAACCAUCCUUUCGCCGUCGGCGAUGAGAGCUACUCGAAUUACGGCUCUUACUCCAACUUCACCGAUGACCAGCUGUUUACCGGGGACGGGGGCGAUGUGGCGGUAGAUGACGUCACUACCUCUGCUGAUAUCUUCGGAUUCGGAUCCUCUGAUCCAACUCCUGCCUACUUGCAAUCUCCAUUCGCUACUGCGAUUCCUGUUGAGAACGGAAAUGGAACCAAUGGAUUUUAUCUUGGAAACGAUGGCGUUUUCGCUUCUGAUGGACCGGUGCUUCCUCCUCCUACUGAGAUGGAGCCUGAGGAAGGCUUCGUUCUUCGCGAGUGGCGGCGUCAAAAUGCGAUUCUGCUCGAGGAAAAGGAGAAGAAGGAGAAAGAGUUGAGGAGCCAGAUAGUCGAAGAAGCCGAAGUGUUUAAGCGAGCUUUCUAUGAGAAAAGGGAAAAAACAAUUGAGACCAACAAAACUAAUUACAGAGAAAGAGAAAAGCUGUACGUGGCUAACCAAGAGAAGUUCCAUAAGACUGCGGACAAACAAUACUGGACAGCAAUAGCAGAACUCAUUCCUCGCGAGGUCCCUAAUAUCGAAAAGAAAAGAGGGAAGAAAGACAAAGAGAAUAAGCCCUCAAUAACUGUCAUCCAAGGACCAAAACCCGGAAAACCGACUGAUCUUUCAAGAAUGCGGCACAUUCUCGUGAAGCUGAAGCAUACUCCCCCGCCUCACAUGCUUCCACCUCCUCCAGCAAAGGAAGGUAAAGAAGGAAAGGAUGGCAAAAACGACCCUAAAAACGGAAAAGAAGCUGCUUCAAAUGGAACUGCAUCUGCCGAGAAAAUGGCGACUGAAAAAGAUGCCACGGCAAACGGUUCUGCCCCCGAACACGAUGCUACUACGGCUACUAAGGACCAAUCUGGUGCCGAAGCAGAACCAGAAGCAAAAUCGACAGCGUAACUGCUUGUGAUACAUUUACAAAGGUUUAUUCUUCCCCAUUCUUUUUAUUUUCCUCGAGAGAUUUUGAUUCUUUAUGCAUUCCAUAUUUACCAUAGUAUUUAUCUUGCAAGUAAUUUAGUGACUUCAUUCUUAAUAGAAUUUCAUGUGAUUUGUGAUUGGAUUUCAAAUAUCAUUUUAUUUUUGCUUA